AUGCUUGCCGCAAGAUCAAGAGCAAUCGCUCACAAGAGGCAUUUCGCCACCCACCUUAAAAACGUCUCCCAAGAAAUUGCCAGGUCACGUGUUGCAGCCCCCCCGUAUGCCAAGCUCAUUGCCAACCUGGACAAGGUCAGGGCCAUCACCAACAACACGCCGCUCACGCUCGCGGAAAAAAUCCUAUACUCGCAUCUGUGUGACCCUGAGGAGUCUCUCACGUCCUCGAACCUCCAGGACAUCCGCGGUCUGCAAUACCUCAAGCUCAAUCCCGACCGUGUGGCCAUGCAGGACGCCUCAGCGCAGAUGGCUCUGCUACAGUUCAUGACCACGGGCCUUGCACAAACCUCGGUGCCCGCGUCGAUCCACUGCGAUCACUUGAUCGUUGGCAAAGACGGCGAGUCCAAGGACUUGCCUUCCUCGAUCGCUACAAACAAAGAGGUUUUCGACUUCUUGCAAAGUUGUGCAGACAAAUACGGUAUUCAGUUCUGGGGUCCAGGCUCCGGUAUCAUCCAUCAAAUUGUCCUCGAAAACUUUUCCGCGCCAGGCCUGAUGAUGCUCGGUACAGACUCUCAUACUCCCAACGCAGGUGGUCUUGGUGCCAUCGCUAUUGGUGUCGGUGGUGCUGAUGCCGUUGACGCCCUAACGGGCACACCAUGGGAACUCAAAGCCCCCAAAGUGCUCGGAGUCAAGCUCACCGGUCACAUGCAGGACUGGACUUCGCCCAAAGACGUUAUUACCAAGCUUGCUGGUAUUCUGACUGUCAGAGGUGGUACCGGAUACAUUGUCGAAUAUUUUGGAGAGGGUGUUGAAUCCCUGUCCUGUACUGGUAUGGCUACCAUUUGCAACAUGGGAGCUGAAAUCGGAGCAACCACUUCCACGUUCCCAUACCAGAAAGCGCAUGCCCGUUAUUUGAAAGCUACUGGCAGAGCUGAACUAGCGGACCUAGCAGACGCCGCUGCCCGCAACUAUAACUUUUUGAGUGCCGACCAAGGUGCUCAAUACGACAAGGUCAUCGAAGUCAAUUUAAGUGAAUUGGAGCCUCAUGUUAAUGGACCUUUCACUCCUGAUCUUUCCACCCCCAUUUCGGAGUAUGGCUCCAAGACCUUGAAAGAAAACUGGCCUCAAAAGAUUUCUGCCGGUCUAAUUGGUUCCUGCACUAACUCGUCCUACCAAGACAUGACGAGAGCCGUCGACCUUGUUAGACAAGCCUCUAGUGCUGGAUUGAAGCCACGUAUUCCAUUCUUCGUCACUCCAGGUUCGGAGCAGAUUAGAGCCACUUUGGAAAGAGACGGUUUGAUCAAGACCUUUAAAGAUAAUGGCGCCAUUGUUUUGGCUAAUGCUUGCGGUCCAUGCAUUGGUCAAUGGGACAGACAGGACGUUUCCAAAACCUCCAGCGAAACCAAUUCGAUCUUUACCUCUUUCAACCGUAACUUCAGAGCCAGAAACGACGGAAACAGAAACACUAUGAACUUCUUAACAUCUCCUGAAAUGGUUACCGCUAUGAUCUAUUCGGGUGACGCUCAGUUCAACCCCAUGACCGAUGCUAUUAAGCUUGAAGAUGGGUCUGAAUUCAAAUUCAAAGCUCCAAAGGGUGUUGAGCUACCUGAGGACGGCUUUCUCUCUGGAAGACAAGAGUUUUACCCACCACAAAACCCGUCGCCAGAUUCUUCUGUUGAAGUGAAAGUAUCACCAACAUCUGACCGUUUGCAACUGCUUGAACCUUUCAAGCCUUGGAGUGGCCAGGAGUUGCAAACCAAUGUGGUCUUGAAAGUUGAAGGAAAGUGUACCACAGACCACAUUUCCGCUGCUGGUGUUUGGUUGAAAUAUAAAGGUCAUUUGGAAAACAUUUCCUACAAUACUUUGAUCGGCGCUCAAAAUAAGGAAACUGGCGAAGUUAACAAGGCUUACGAUUUUGAUGGCACCGCGUAUGGAAUUCCAGAAUUGAUGAUGAAGUGGAAGAAAGAAGAAAGACCAUGGACUGUGGUAGCUGAGCAUAAUUACGGUGAAGGUUCUGCCAGAGAGCAUGCUGCUUUGUCGCCAAAGUUCUUGGGAGGACAAAUCAUUUUGGUCAAGUCCUUCGCUAGAAUCCAUGAGACGAACUUGAAGAAACAAGGUAUGUUGCCUUUGACUUUUGCCAACGAAGCUGACUAUGACCGUAUUUCUUCUGGCGAUGUGUUGGAAACCUCGGGUUUGAUAGAGAUGAUUGCCAGAGAUGGAGACAACGGAGGUGAAUUGGACGUUAAAGUUACGAAACCAUCUGGUGAGUCUUUUACCAUCAAAACAAAGCACACCAUGUCCAAGGACCAAGUUGCCUUUUUUAAGGCUGGAUCAGCGAUUAAUUACAUUGGCGAAUUAAGCCGCGCUUAA